UAUUGAAGUACAGCUCCUCUCUACUUCUGCUGUAGACUGACCAUCCCAACAGUGCUCGCUAAGAGGUGGUCGAAUGUUGCUGCGCUCUGCGGACUCCACACUACCCCAACUCCAGGAGAAGGCAGCGUGAGGAAAUAUGGCGACCCCCUCGGAUUUGUUUCUUCAAAGGAUGUUACUAGGCAUUUGGCUACUUCUUGUCGAAGCCCUGCAUCUGGACGGGGUCAGUGGACACGGGCGUCUUAUGAACCCCCCCGCACGCAACAGCAUGUGGAGAUUCGGGUUUCCAAAUCCGGUAAACUACAACGACAACGAACUGUUCUGUGGGGGCCACGCGGUGCAGUGGGAGCAGAAUCAGGGCCGCUGUGGGCUAUGUGGAGACCCGUGGCACCUCACGGAGCCGCGACCCCAUGAGGCAGGGGGCCAAUUCGCGAAGGGCAUUAUCAGCCGCCAUUAUACUUCCGGUCAGGAUAUUGACGUCGAAGUAGAGCUGACUGCAAAUCACUGGGGGCGCUUCGAAAUGUUCCUGUGCCCUAAUAAUAAUCCUAAAUACGAGGCAACGCAGAGCUGCUUCGAUAGGUUCCCAUUAUAUGUAUCAGGUACAAAGGACAUGGCCUUCCACAUUCCCCUCGAGUCCAAGAAAAAGGCAGUCUUCAGGUAUAAAGUCCGCCUGCCGCCCUACAUCACAUGCACACAAUGUGUAAUACAGUGGACGUACUACACCGGAAACAUGUGGGGGACAUGCACCAAUGGUACAGAAGGACUGGGAUGCGGUCGUCCCGAGACUUUCCGGAACUGUGCUGACGUCACGAUAGUGACGAGCACAGCAGGACUUCCGCCAAUUUUUAUUGGCCAGCAAGAUAACCCAUUCCUGCUAUAUUACCGAGACUUCCGGUCACCAAGCCUUGUCUCACCACUUAUCAUUAGGCAGCAAGUGUGUUUGCCGACCCCUUUCUACAAGCGCCUGCCAGGCGUGGAGGAGUGGUGUCAGACCAACUGUCUGCGGUACCCCCCGAACUGUUCCCCCUUGAUCUGCCAGUGCCCGGAAGUGUGCGACGCGAUCGGUGAGCUGGAAGGCCGCGCAGGCGCGGACGUGUACUGCAUGGAUAAGUGCCUCGUGUACUCCUCGCAGUGUCCUGCCGAGAGAUGUCGUUGCUACUAAGUUACCAUACGCCAUAGCCAUGAGAAGAUGAGUUAUUUUGCUGCUACGAAACGCCUGAAACAUGCUUUCGCUUCGAAAUAAACAAUUUCACUUCUUUUAUACACAUCUGAGAAUAACAGAUGAUUAUUCUCCGGACGGAAAACCCUGAAUUUAAGGAAAAUUUCAAGGAAGUUUCAUGAGUUUCAACUAAGUUUUGAGGAUACGCGUCAAAUAAUGUAUGAAACUACAAAACAUUACAUCAGUAUUUAAUGAAAUCUGGGUUGAUCCUCAAUAGAAGACCGGCGGAACUCCUCCAUUUAAGUUACUGCUAGCAGGACGGCCAGGUUUAUGUUCUCGUCUGAAACAUCACGUUCGAACAUGGUCUCUUCAGUUUAUAUUGAGGGCUCUUACCACUGGGAUAAAGGUUCCAGAGCCUGAAGAUCAACAUUCAUAUAUACUCGUAUGAUUUGAAGCGAUCAUAGCAACAGGGUACAAUGAAGACUCCUCGGGCGAUCAGCCGUGUCAACGUGGAAUUGAUGCGUAUACUGUGCGAAGACAAAACCCAUCGCACCAACCCCUGAUGAUGGAGACAGAGGCAGCUUCUGAUACGAUGGCCACCAACUUCAUAUUGACGCAGAUGCCGGGUCGAGAAGAUUCAUUUCAAACGUUCCCUUCCACUCAGUGCAGAAACAUACAUUGUUUGAUGCGUUCCUCCAUAUCCCUUGCACGCCUUAAUAGUGUGGUGCCUAGACACAAGGGAAAUUUUGUUUUAAACUGUUCUGCUGGUUAUUUACAUUAUUUAUUCCUCGACAUUCGAUACUGUAAUUGCUGUAUUAUAUCAAAAUUUGUUUCAACAAUUUGCUUAGAGCCCAAAUUACUGUAUCAAAUGUGCACAUAAUAAUCAGUUAACCAGUUAAUAGAUGUCUGCAUGUUAUAAAACACGAACAUGCCUAUACAGCAUGUACGGUUCUCUAUAGUUCAUGCUAGCCUGUGAGGCAAAAUGUGUUAGUGGAGUUGAAAGCAUGCAGGUUUUCUAAAUAAGCUCUAAAAAUAUGUGACAAUGGUACAUUGGUACAAAUAUUAUGUUUUUGGACAUUAUCCAUCGUCUUUUCUAAAUCUAAAAUCCGUUCUGUUUAUUUUUCAAAACUCAACGUUUCGGAGACUGGAUUCUGUCUCAGUCUUCAUGUAAAGCCUAAUCAGUUAGGCCUAAUCUAUAGGGCUAUUUCCUAUCUCCGGAUUUCUUCAGGUAAAACCUUCUCAGCCCAAUCGAUAGAGUCAGUUCCUAUCUCCGGACCUCUUCAGGUAAAAGUACUCAGUUUUACCCAAUCAAUAGAGCUAGUCCCUGUCUCCAACUGAGUAGGUUUUACCUGAAGACGGAGACAGAAUCCAGUCUC